CACAUUUGCAGACCAUGCUGAGAAGACACUUACCGUCCUUCCUUUUCUCUCUCCUUACAGCACAGCCUCUUUAAGAGAGACCCGGUUUUCCAAAGAGGAGGAGAUAAAAAUGAGUACCUGAUGCCCCGUUCUGCCGUGACGGGAGAGCACACCGUCCGCGUGAGGGUGAAGCACACGUACAAUAAAAUCUGGAGUGAGUGGAGCUGCACGCAGCACUUCGGUUUCCCAGAGAACAAUUUCCUCGUGGUCCUGAUCGGGCUGGUCCUGGGAGCAGCAGUUUUGUCCGGCAUGGGCCUGAUGUUCCUCUGCAAAAGGUUCUCCCUGAGGAAGAAGCUAUUCCCGCCCAUCCCGCAGGUGAAGCAGGAAAUCGCUGGAAGGUUUAUGUACAACCUGGAGGAGACGGCCUUGGACGGGGGGGACCCGCCGCCAGGCUCCCAGGACCCCGAGGACGUCCUCACGGUGGAGGAAACGCCGUCAUUGGCCAGCGGACAAGCAGAGACCGCGGGUCCAGCCCCCGCCCCCAAGCCUUAG